UGCCCGUAUUGAGUCCGCUAGUGCCCCUCGUAGAGUUUACCACUCUUUUCAAGGAGCAGUUCCAGGGGUACAAUGGUACCCAUUUAUUGUUUAAGACGGCCGUUAUUCCCUUGGACAAUUCAUGUCCUUGUGACGGAAAGGACGGCGGGUACGAUCCUUGUGUGGUGACGGAUGGAGGUCCUGGACUGUUCUUGUUGUUGUUGGGCGUUAUGAUGGGAUUUAUCUGCUGUUUUGUGGUGUUCCUGACCUGGGAGGCAAUGGCGAGGAAGGGCUGGACUGUCAGUUUCCAGUAUUUGUGUUCUUUGUUGCUGGAUAUUAUGAAGGAUAAUCGGUUUCUUCCGGCUUGUCAAGGUGUUGUGAGAGCAGUACUUUGUUGCCUGAGCUGUAAAAGAUGCCGUGGCAGUUCUCAUGAGGUUGUUGUGGAACCUGUCCUGGCACAGGGUGGUGCUCGAAAGAAAGUGAAAGUGAAGGCGUUGCAUUCCAAUGCGCAGAAGUUGGGUACUGAGGAGGAGAGGAUUCCGCCUGUUUCUCUGGGUGAAGUGAACCCUGCACCCUCUGUUAUGCAACCUGGUCCACCUUUUAUGGGUCCGGCUUAUCCACCGGCCGGGUUUUUGCCACCGUUCUUGCCACCGUGGGGUUAUGUUCCCCCUCAAGGAGUUGUCCGUUCUGGUUUAUAUCCUGAUGUUCCUGAAUUUAGUGUGUCCGCUGGAGGGGUUCAGGAAGGUCAGCUGGGUGAGACUUCCGGUCAGCCCGUAGGUGGGAAUGUUAACGACGGCUCUCAGUUUCCUGUAGCAGGUCCAGCUGAUCAGUGUGCUGGUAAGGUUGAUCAGGGUGGACCGCCCGGAUUGUUGACUGUUAACAUGAGGGAGGUGCGAGAUGAGAAUGUUAACAUGAGGGAGGUGCGAGCUGAGAAUGUUAACCCGAGGGAUGUGCGAGCUGAUAAUGUUAUCUCGAUGGAGGUGCAAGCUGAAAAUGUUAACACGAGGGAGGUGCGAGCAGAGCAUGUUUAUCCAGAAUCGGAGAAUGGAGGUGACGUAGUGUAUGAGAACGUGGUGGAGAUAAACAAAACUGUGUUUGUUCCGGAGCACGUUGUGGCAGUUAGUGGAGAUCAAGGUGACCAUGUUGAGAAACCUGUUGUGUUGAACGAGUAUGAUGAUUGUACUCCCAAGCGGAAUUAUAGGAAGACGCCUUUCCCACACCCGUCCAGUUCCAUGAAUGGGGAAUCUUGUCCCGCAUUUCAGGUGGGUGCUGGGAAGGAUGACCGUUCAGGGCUAGCCUUCAUGGGAGGCGGCGCAGUUCAGCGUACUCCGCCUGCGAAGGGCGGUACUGUUCAGCAGAUUUCGCCUGGGAAGGGGGGUAUAGAUCAGCCCAAUCCGCCUGCGAGAGGCGGUGCAGUUAAGCACACUCCGCCUGUAAAGGGCGGUAAAGUUCAGCAUACUCCGCCUGCGAGGGUCGGUACAGUUCAGCAUACUCCGCCUGCGAGG